CGAAACGACAUACGGCAGAGUGUACAACUGAGCUGUCCACUGUUGCCAAAGGAAGGACAAAGUGGACAGGAGACGUCUCUCCAGCACAGCUUGAGAGGGUGAAAGGCCACCUCGUUUCUGACAUGGCCAACCCUUUAAGGGGUGAGGUUAUCAGACUUUACAAAAAUUGUGUUUUCCGUCAUCUAAAGCUGCUGUAUCUUGGCCGAGAGUACCCCCAGGGAUCAGCGUAUUUCAGAGAGCGCCUGAAGUCAGCCUUCAUGAAGAACAAGGAUGUGACAGACCCCGAGAAGAUUAAAAAGCUGGUGGCCCGGGGCGAGUUCGUCAUCAAGGAACUAGAAGCUCUCUAUUUCCUCAGGAAAUAUCGAGCUAUGAAGAAAAGGUAUUAUGAACCAGAAAAAUAACUACAUACAAAUACAUCUAAAGAUUAUCUUUCUGAAAUGAAAUACAACCAAUGGGAACAGUGAGCCAAAGUACAGUCAAAGUGUCGGUGAUAUUUACUUCAUCAGAUCAUGCAGCAGUCUUUUAUUUUAACACACACACCUAUUGAGAACACAAACUCCCUGCAGUUGCACUUAAACAGAAACAAACGGUGCUCGCCUCAUAAUAAAUUGGAAAAUCCCUCUGCAAUAAGUGCCAGAAAGUGAUGAUGAUGAUGUUGCUGUUACUUAAUGUGCUGUGUUUUUUAUACAGAACUUGCACCUUGAUGUCAGUGUUUGGGGUUAGGCCUGGUUUGGAUCAGUGUCAGAUUUAUAAUCAAGCCUAAAUCAGCAUUUCAUCAGGUCCAUUAAUUUAUUAUCUAAUUUGAAACAGUUAUUUGGAUCAUGGCUAUUGUCAAGAAGUUAGAGCUAAUAAAGACACAAACAUCCACCUGGUCUGUAAUAAAGUGUAGAGGCUGAGGUAUCAGACUGACUGAAUCAUAUUGUGAAAUGUAUUUUUUUUUUUAUAUCUGUGUAUAUAUUUGUAAAUACAUGGUCAUAUUUCUUGAAUAGUGAAUGUACAUGACUAUGUAUCUAUGCACUAUUAGAUAGAAAUCAAAAAUAAAUUUUGCAAAAAUGUACAGUUGUUUCAAAACAGUGAUGUUCGGUGUCAUAAUAAAUAUUAUAAAACCACA